CACUUCCGACUCAUGAACUCAUUCAGCCGGGGGCGCGCUGACUGUGCUGCUAACAGCUAAUCAGCUAGCGGAGCAGGAAGAAAGAGAGCUGGACGAUUCACAACACACAGUAAACCGGAGUAAUCUGCCCUAGUGCAAAAAACUGAUAUAAUCUGACCACAAACGGCAAAGGAACUCCUAUCCCAGAUGAACAUGUUCUGUGUCCUAUAAUAAAAAUAAUAAUUGAAACACUACUAUACAAUCCAAGGCGUCUGUGCUGUCUCUCUUCACUCUCAGCAAAAUGGAAACGGAAGCUGAGGUAAUCCCUAUUUGGCAAAAUAAACCACAUGGAUCAACUCGUAGUGUGGUGAGACGAAUCGGCUCCACACUGCCUCUUAAACCCUGUACCAGGGCUUGUUUCCAGGAACUCCCAGGGCUUCCGCCAAUGCGUUCUAUGGACGGUCCUUUGGUGCCUACACUGGCAGAUAUUGCCUGGAUCGCAGAUGACGAGCAGGAGACAUAUGCUAGAGUCAGGAGUGACACGCGUCCCCUGAGGCAUGAGUGGAGGCCAACGCCGCUGCUGGUUAUGCACAGGAACUCGUCUGUGCCAAACUUCAGACGUGAAGGCAGGCGAGUCGAGGGUCUGAGGAAACCAGGUGUAACCACUUUUAACCGGACAACAGCUUUACAAGAUGAGCUGAGUCGACUCCGAGCCCAGAUCGCCAAGAUUGUCGCUACAGAAUCAGAUUCGAACCCCAUAACGCCUGACCUGCUGUCCCCUGACGACACUAGUGUGGGUUUCUCCAUGGCUCCUUUUGAGGCCGCUGCUUACCAGCCUGCCCCCACAGCCUCCUUUGUCAUCAGUGAUGUCACAGAGGAAGAAGAGGAAGAGGACGAGGAGGAGGAAGUGUCAGAGCUAGUGCCUGAUCCUAUGCCACCAGUUUCCAUGACUGCAUCUGCAACUUUUGAUCUCGAUCGCCCUACUAUGGACUUCCGAGAGUCAGAGGAGGAUACUGUGUCCCUUUCAAAAUCAACAAGCUUCGCUGAUGUCAUGGACAUCCUGAAAGAUAUGAACCGCAUGAAGAUGAGCAAGGACAGAUAUAACCGUGGGUGCACCUCACUGAGGGAGGAAGAUUCUGCCUCUCUUAUAUCUGAAGCAUUGCGUAAGAAAUUCAUUCUGAAGGAUGAUGACAUCAGUGUGAGGAAAUAAUCAAUCAUCCAAACCCUCACAGCACUCUCCAUGUAAGGCUAAACUGCAUGGAAUGCUUUUCUCUUUGGUUUAAAGUUGGAGAUUGAGAUACAAAUCCAAGAGAAUAAAACAUGGCUUUGAAUUUUUA